GAAAAACACCUGCGGCGGAGCGAGCGUUUCCGUUUUGCUAAUCGUGGCCGCUUUGCUGGUGCCCCGAACACACCUGCAGGAUUUUCGAGCUUGGAAAUUAAGCUUGUAACUGAAUAAAAGCGGCAGGGAGGAAGACCGUUCAGAAAGGAAAACUCAUGGAUCUCAUGAGCACAGUCAUCAUCCCGCUGCUUUGUGGCAGCUUGGGGAUCUUCGCCCUUUUUCGGCUACUGCAGUGGAUGCGGAUGCGAGCUUACCUCCAGGAAGCAGUGGUUGUGAUCACAGGGGCUACCUCUGGCCUGGGAAAAGAAUGUGCAAAAGCCUUCCACGCAGCUGGCUCCAAGCUGGUGCUCUGUGGCAGAGACAGCAAGAAGCUCCAAGACCUGGUGCAGCAGCUUUCUACUGUGACCAAUCACCAAAAGAACACACACAAACCUCACACCGUGGUAUUUGACCUCUCAGACACUAAAACUGUCCUAAAUGCUGCUGAAGAGAUCCUGAAGUACUUGGGUCACGUGGACAUACUGAUCAACAAUGCAGGCAUCAGCUUCCGAGGCACGAUCGUGGACACAGGACUGGAUGUGGAUAAGAAAGUGAUGGAAACAAAUUAUUUUGGUCCUAUAGCCCUCACCAAAGCGCUUCUCCCCUCCAUGAUCAAGAGGAGACAAGGCCACAUUGUGGCCAUCAGCAGUGUUCAAGGCAAAAUAAGCAUUCCUUUCAGAUCCGCAUAUGCUGCCUCUAAGCAUGCUACCCAGGCCUUCUUUGAUUGUCUACGAGCAGAGGUGGAACAGUACGACAUUGAUGUGACAGUUGUGAGCCCCGGGUACAUUCAGACAAACCUCUCCCUCAAUGCUGUAACAGCAGAUGGAUCUCGCUAUGGAGUUAUGGACAAGAACACCGCUGAAGGACAGACAGCCGCGGAGGUCGCUCGGGUGGUUCUCAAUGCAGUGGGACAGAAGAAGAAGGAAGUACUUGUAGCUGGCCUGACACCCUCGCUGGCCAUCUACCUGCGAAACCUCUUCCCCAGGUUCUUCUUCACCUUAAUGGCAGCUAGAGCAAAAAAGGAGAGAAAAGCAAAGGACUCUUAGAGCUCAGCUCCUUAGAGCAGGAACUGUGGGGAGAGGCUAACCCCCUGCAGUUUGGCUGCGACACGGGUGGAGGUGCUUCUGCAGGAAAAACCUUUCUCAAAACGCUGCCAUUUACCAAUGCACGGAGGUGGCUUCCCCCACGUGAGGGCAGGGCAACUUGCUGGAAGAUGGCACCUAAACCUCACCUGGAGAAGGGCGCUUGGACAAAGGGGGAGAAGCUGAGGCCUCAAGGGAGGGGAACUCAAGGGAACCCGCUUGGCAGAAGGGGAGGCCCAUGGGCUGAAAGACACCACCUCACCUGACUCCAGGCAUGCUCAGCUCUGCUGGCCUGCUACAAAUAAAACCCACUUUUUUGCCUUCACAUAAGCAGAUCUUAGUUUUCCCCACCCCGCAGCCCCUGUGAAAUAGUCCUCAGCUGGGAGCUCUCGUGAUCAGCAUCUCCUUCCCACUCCUUCCAAUCUGAUCUAGAAUACGUUGCUUGAAGUGGGAAACUUCACAGAGCCUCUGCUUGUCAACGUGCCAAACCAUCCGUUAUGUAAAGCUAAAGCCAAGUCCAGUGCCACUUUUAAAGAAGUAACUGAUGUAAAAUUUAAGUUUUAUUGGGCCAUUUAUUUUGUCUGUCUGAAUCAUGCCUUUCUGAUGUACAGGGACACACUGCACUACCUGACAGUACAGUAUUAACCCCUGCACAAAUUAAUGCAGGGGAAGCACCAAACAGAUAGAAAAUAUCACAGCAAGGUAUGCUGCUCGUGUAAGUACUGUGCAGCUGUAGCUCCUGCAGGCCCAGAGCCCAGAGUCAGUGCGAUUCUGCAGGUGCCAGGCACGCCGUCUCCUGGCAAGCAGAGGAGAAUCUGUGUGCAUGGGAUGGACAGUAUAGGAGAGAAACCCCUAGUUCACAUCUGUUUUAAAGCAAUCGUGGGUGCUAAUUAGGAUCACAUUUGGUGGGGGAAUGAUACAUGCCUGUUCACAUAGCACAGAGUUCAGGGAGUCUGACAGCCUGAGGGAGUGCUGCAUUGCAUUCCUCGCCCCUUCUCAUGUGAGGGAUACCAGCACCACAAGGUAAAAGGAGGGGUUGCACAGAGAUAGUUCAGCAAGGACAGAAAUAAUAUUUUUUAACAUAUAAUUGAAAUAAAGCCUACUAACAGGAAUCAAGGUACAGACCCUCUUGCCACCUCCAUGCACUUACCAGCAUUUUCCACUGCCUUGUCUGUCCUGCCUGUGAGCACAGAGCUGAUGACAAAUAAAUUACAUCGCUAUGAAACUAAUCCUUUGUUCUACUCAGCUCCUCACAGCAGGUAACAUUAGAGGAAGGGAAAGCAGGAGAGUUUUGUUUUUCUUUUCUUACAUUUUUGCAGGGUGCUAUUGUACCAGUAGUAGUUGCAGAACAACAUACUUCAUGCCAGCCCGCUUCCCAUCAUCUAGCUUACAGUAGAUAAAGUGUGAAUCCACACAGAGGAUUAGUCACAUUAAACGCCGAUACAGGUGUGCAGGCUCAGCAGGCCCUUCUUCAAAAAGCCUUUUCUCGACCACUACAGAUUUAUAAAUGAUCACAGAGAAUCCAUCACAGAGAAUCCAUCCCAGAUGAUGCCCAGGACAUGUUUAACAAUCACAAUGCUGCUGCUCAGUUAGGACACCCUCUACUAUUUUCACUGUAGCUGAGGUUGCAGAUUUGUUACAUAAAGGCCUGGGGUUGAAAUUACAAGUUGAAGCUUUCGGGUGUACAUAUCUCUUUUCCUGUUAAGACAGGAAACCAAGGCAUUAUCUUCUCUCUCUCUCCACAGGGGGAAUUUCUGUAAGCAUUAGUUGCGCUUUUCCUUUCUCGUUUUGCGUGUUCAGGUCCUCCAUUUCUUGGCAAAAUACAGCAUUCCUGCCAGUCUUGUCCA